CUCAGAGGUCCAGUAAACACUCUGCGGAGGUGAUGGGAACUGGGUUGAAGAAGUUGCGCCUUGGUUUCAGGCUGCGGCAGAACUUUUCUGAACUAACUCGGGUGUAGUCCCAGACCUUCAGAGCAGCCAGGUGAUCCCAGCUGAUCCUGGACACUGAUGGCUGGAGGCGCAGGAAAACAAAGAGUUUGGAAAUUAGAUUGGAAAUGUUCAACUAAAAAAAAAAACAAACAAAAAAAAAAACAAACCUUCCAUCGCUCUGUCAUACUGCUGCAGCUGUAAAGAUCCAGAGGAACCCUCCAGCGUGCCUUAGUCACCCACUGACAGUUAUGGCGACCAUAGUGAUGGAGAGAAUCGGGCGAGUGUUCAUCAGCCUGCAGCAGAUCAGGCAGGUCCCCCGGAUGCUGACGGAGGCUGCCCCCUCCAUGCCCGGCACCGUACGAGACACCGAGGUUCCCUGCUACUUCAGGGAGCGCUAUGUCUGCACCGGCUACCGACCACUCGACCAAAACUGGCGCUACUACCUCCUGUCCUUGUUCCAGCGCCACAACGAGACCAUCAACGUCUGGACUCAUCUGCUGGCGUUUUUGGUUUUCCUGGUCAAAUUGCGUCAGCUCGCUGAGACUGUGGACUUUGUCAGUGAUCCUCAUUCGUGGCCUCUGCUGAUCCUCAUCUUGUCCUCUUUGACUUACACGGCGUUCAGCGUAGCAGCUCACCUACUGGGUGGCAAGUCUGAGCUGUGCCACUAUACCUUCUUCUUCCUGGAUUACAUUGGGGUGGCACAGUAUCAGUACGGCAGUGCUGUCGUUCACUUUUACUACGCCGUGGAUGAGAGCUUACACACACACGUGCAUGGGAUCUUCAUGCCCGCUGCUACUGUCCUCAGCUGUCUGUCAUGCCUGGGGUGCUGCUAUGGGAAAUACUGCAACCACAGCCUGCCGAGCUGGGUGCGCAAGGUGUGCCAGGUGGUGCCCUCGGCCCUUGCCUAUCUCUGGGACAGCAGCCCCGUUGCUAAAAGACUCUUGUCCUGGUCCACAGCCGGCAAUGACCCAGCCAUUGUCUAUCACUUUGGCCAGGUGGCGUUCUUUCUCAGCUGUGCCUUCUUCUUCACCUACCCCCUGCUGGAGCGCUUCUUCCCUGGACGGUGUGAUUUUGUGGGACAGAGUCAUCAGAUUUUCCACGUUUUUCUGUCUCUCUGCACCCUGUGUCAGAUUCAUGCGUCCCACCUCGACUACCUGGGCCGCAGGGAGCUGUACUCGCGUCUGCACGGGAGUGGUGAGGUUGCUCUUUUCGUGGGACUGUAUGUGGUCACUUUGGUUGCAUGUGUGCUAAUUGGUGCCUUUAUGCUGAGGAAAGUCAAACGAGUGCUUGACUUCAAAACCAAGUCCAAAUAACUGAUGGGAUGUUGAAGGAACGAUGCGCGAAAGCAUUUAUGUGCCUUUCCUUCCAGACUCAACUGCUUUGAUAGAAAGGGAACUCAUUAUAUUUGCUGCAGGUUUGUAAAUGUAAAUGUAAACGUCUGCUGAAAUCUGAACACUUCAUAACAGUAAGCAGCAGGUCACAGGAGGGAUUUGUAAUGAUAUUUGGAGGUAGUAUUUUGAUACUCGUCUGUAUUAGAAUGUUUGGAAUAAUUCACAGGAUUAGCAUUUUUCAUGUAUUAGCAAAGGCUGGUGCUGGUUACUUUUUAAAAAAGUAAACAUAAUUUCCAAGGACUAACAAAAUGUGGAUACGACUACUACUAACUGUCUACAUUAUCUGGCCUUUCAUAAGCAGUGGAGUAACUUCAAACUGUGAUUGAAUUACAGUUAAUAUUACAGUUACUUGAGCACUGCUUUUGAUUGGUCCUCACGUUUGAAUUUGCACUGCCUCUCGUCUGCCAGUCAGUUACCGGUCUGCCAGUUACCCUAAGCAGCCUGUCGGCCAUGCCGUCGGCCAUGCCUGCGACCAGCCGACCACACCGCAGCGGGAGAGCCGUGAGUUUUAUCAGUGUUGGUUACCUUUGUGAGGUUUACACUGCCUGGCUUCAAUUUAUCGUUUCAGAUUUAGUGCCCAGUUUAGAACAUUAGAUAGAAACAAAUUGAAUGUAAUUACAAUAAGUAAAUAAAAUUCAGCUAAUUAAAAUAGGUACAUUACUACAUGUAAAUUUGUUAAAUUAUGAAUUUGUUGGGAUUUUAUUUUUUAUUAUCCUACAUCACUGUGAUGACAUAUGAAGUAACAUCUGGGAAUAUUUCUUUGCAAAUAUCUUGAAACUGACCGACUCUAUGAGUUGUUAUUUGUAUUUUGGGCGCGUUUCCCCAAAAUACGAAUUUUAUUUUAUUAAAAAAAUUACUUAUUGAAAAGAGUCAAAGGUGAUAGACUAAUCGCAACCUGUAGAAGAGUGGCAUCAUUUCUCCUGCACAAAAAUCUAAAUCAUAAUUGAAGUACAGAUAGUAACAGGAGAAAUUUUCCAUAUUUACAGUGUAAUAACAGCAUUAUAACAAGCAGGAGCCUUUGUCGUUGUGCCUUAAGAGCCCAUUGUUUACACACAUUAUGUCAACUUUAGCAUAAAGUUGGUGCUGAUUGAGUAUUGUUAAAAAUGUGCUGUGAUGUUCUCAACCCCCUAAAUGCCGUCAUAUAUUGGCACAGUGUGUAAAAUCUGCAGAAGCUGAAGCUUUAGGAUUGAAGCUGCCAUCAUGUGAUGAGAUGUUUUUCAUUGCCCGUCUGAGAUUUAAACUUUUUUUUUUUCGUUAUUGUUGUGCUAAUACAAGUUUGAUUCCAUAGCACUUUCAGAUAUAAUUUAAGGUACUGUCUGUAGACUGUGUUCAAGAAAGCUGAAUGUUUUAUGAGCGAUUUAAUAUAUAACGAAAGCCUUAACUUUCUGGAUAUAUCUUAUUUUAGACAUGCAGUAGAUAUAUGUGGACUGUUUGUGGUUAUGCACUGUAUAUUAGUAGCUGUCAGCAAUCACUGUAUUUUGUCCUGUUGUAAAUCUUGUUUGUGGCUUUCCGAGUCGUUAGGAAAAAGUGCCUAUGGGUGCUACGUGAGUGUACUGCUUAGAGAUGAAGGUACCGUGAUGCUGUUUGUCUUUGGGAGAUAAUAGUGACCAAAAUGUAAAAAAAACGGUGGGAUAGAGUUAAAUAAACGUUUCUUGGAGGCAGAUCUAAUCGAAACGUUUCUGUUAAACUACAGUUUCUGUCAUAACUUUCUGAAGAGUUUCAUGUGUGCAGCACUGACUAAUGAUGUGACAACACCUCCUGACGUCUUGCCAGUCACCGUGUCCAAUCCCCUCAUUACUCCGACAUACUGCACUGUGCAGGGUAACAGCACGCUUGUUACCUUCAUUGUUAUCUUUAAAAUAUAACCAGCUUGUAGCCUACCUCCAGGCCAGUGGGAAAUAGUGUAGUUUACCAAACUGUAUUUUUACUGACAGCAACAGUCGUAAGUAAAAGUUAAACCUCACUUACAUGUAUAUUGUCUGGUCUAAUAUUAAUCUCUGCCUCUGAAUAAUGUCUGAUUAACUGAAACUCCAUUUGGGAAUUGAUUUCUACUUGAUUGUGCCUCUUUUUGUGCAGUUGCAGGUUUCCCUCUCUUGAUGCUCCUUUAUUCUCUUGACAUUGUGUUAAAUCUGCAGGAUUUUGUCAGUUUUUGUUUUUACUGUCAAGUGAAAUUAAUGUCAACCA